AUGGUGCAGAGGAAAAGACUUGAAAUGAAAAUAGCAACAAAUUACUCAAGUAAUACAACUUCCAGAGGAAUAUUGGGCUUUUAUUUUGAAAUAAAUACAKACAUUUCCUGUCCCUGACGUAAACUCUCCGUCCACCUUGACGCAGUCGGGUUUUAAAAGGACUUUGCCAUCUCUGUUGCUCUGCGCAUGUUCCCAAAAUUCAGGRGAAGAGGGGCUCUCCCUGCUCUCGGAAAUACCUGAUGCCAAAGAAUGUCUUGAAACGGGAAGCUAAAAAUAUUAUGCAAUAAAAUGUUAUCUGUCUUCUUUACAGAUAUAUUACCAUUGAUGCUUUUCUUCUGUAUUGAAUUGUCCUCGAGUUUUUUUCAAACAAUAAUCAUUUGUGUGCAGGAGGCAAAGCAGCUGCAAGAGUCACAUGUUAAAGAAUGUUAAUCCAAUCCUCAGGUGAAGGCGCGUGCAGGGAGUCUACCAGCGGCUCACAGCAGCUGCUGCUCCUCGCGGCAGUCCGGGUGAACCCGUGUCCAUGGAGACCAAUUCUCCACUUCCAAACAAAAAGUGUGAGUGCGACAGCUUUCCUCUGGUCCUCCGCGAUGAAUUCAAAAAACUCUUUAGCUUUCACGCUUGAUCUUCAACCAGGAAAAUCUGCAGAGCCCCAGACACCAGAUGGACAUAUCUCUCAGAUCCCAGGACUGUCUCCAUCUGUCAUCAGUCAUCCUGAGGAGAAGGCCCGGGGAAAAAGGGUCACCGUCCAGGAGAGUGAUUCUGACUAUGUGAAGCUUGCAAAACAAGGCGGACAUAAAGGGCUUUUGUGGCAUGAAGAAACGUCUCAUCCAAACUCAUCCAAACCUCCAAACAUGUCAUCAGGCAACACCGUCCAGCCAAGCAAGGAGGAGAAAAACCUUGGAGCCUUUCAGCCACUAGAGACCCCCUUUUGGACUGACAGUAUGAUGUCUUGGGAGAGAGGUGAUGGCAGCCGCGAUGGGAAAGAGAAGCGUGUUUGACAAGAAACCGGCACCUGUUGACAUGUCGAAGCUGUUGAGCUUUGGUUACGCAGAGGACAACAAACCAGCGCAGUGACAUGUUUCACUGGAAGACUGCCAGAAGCACAUCAUGACUCCAAGAAGAAUAGUUGCCAUUUUUUGCUUCUGACAUCAAUUUGAUACUAUUUUCUUUCCAGCUGAGCUACAUUAAGCAUUUUUACUCAAUUUUAAAUGUUAUCCCAAGUGUAAAAACACUUCACUGAAUUGAAGCUAUAGCUUUUUAUUUAUUGUGCCUGUUAGCAGUGCCUCCAUAACGACAUCUGUCAAAGAAAGAAGAAACUUGUGGUAAUGCUUUGUGUAUUUUCGGUGGUAAAUUUGAUUGAGC